AAACGACAGGGCAGCAAGGCAGAAGAGCAGGGACGGCCAGGAGGAAGGGCAGCUUGGCAGGGCCUCAGAGAGAGACAGAGCAUGAACAGGGGAGGGGCAGAGAGAGAGGGAGACACAGAAUCCGAAACAGGAUCCAGGCUCUGAGCGGUCAGCACAGAGCCCGACGCGGGGCUCAAACUCACGGACCAUGAGAUCGUGACCUGAGCCGAAGUCAGCCGCUUAACUGACUGAGCCACCCAGGCGCCCCUGGAUUCCAGUUUUCAAUGUAAAGAAGCUGAGCAGUCUCGGCCACCUCCUUGCGGUCUCUGGGCCCAGGCACCCCUCGGUCCCUCAGUCCAGAGUGACCAACCUGCCGGGGACACUAUCAGGAUGGACCCCUUCGCGGACACGCUGAGGCGGCUGCGGGAGGCCUUCAGCGCAGGGCGGACGCGGCCGGCCGAGUUCCGGGCGGCGCAGCUCAGGGGCCUGGGCCGCUUCCUGCAGGAACACAAGCAGCUCCUGCAGGAGGCGCUGGCGCAGGACCUGCACAAGUCAGCCUUCGAGUCGGAAGUGUCUGAGAUCAGCAUCACCCAGAGUGAGAUCAACUUGGCCCUCAGGAAUCUGAGGGCCUGGAUGAAGGAUGAGAAAGUGCCCAAGAAUCUGGCCACGCAGCUGGACUCGGCCUUCAUCCGGAAGGAGCCCUUCGGCCUGGUGCUUGUCAUCGCCCCCUGGAACUACCCUGUGAACCUGACCCUCGUGCCCCUGGUGGGCGCCCUUGCCGCAGGGAACUGCGUGGUGCUGAAGCCAUCGGAGUUCAGCAGGAGCACCGAGAAGGUCCUGGCUGAGGUGCUGCCCCGAUACCUGGACCAGAGCUGCUUCGCCGUGGUGCUGGGCGGGCCCCAGGAGAUGGGGCAGUUGCUGGAGCACAAGUUCGACUACAUCUUCUUCACGGGGAGCCCUCGGGUGGGCAGGAUCGUCAUGUCUGCCGCCGCCAAGCACCUGACGCCCGUCACGCUGGAGCUGGGGGGCAAGAACCCCUGCUACGUGGACGACGACUGUGACCCCCAGACCGUGGCCAACCGCCUGGCCUGGUUCCGCUACUUCAACACCGGCCAGACCUGCGUGGCCCCCGACUACGUCCUGUGCAGCCCUGACACGCAGGAGCGGCUGCUGCCCGCCCUGCAGAGCGCCAUCACCCGCUUCUACGGCGAGGACCCCUGGAGCUCCCCGAACCUGGGCCGCAUCAUCAGCGACAAGCACUUCCAGCGGCUCCGAGGCCUGCUGGGCUGUGGCCGCGUGGCCAUUGGCGGCCAGAGCGACGAGAGCGAGCGCUACAUCGCCCCCACGGUGCUGGUGGACGUGGAGGAGACGGAACCCGUGAUGCAGGAGGAGAUCUUCGGACCCAUCCUGCCCAUCGUGAACGUGAGGAGCCUGGACGAGGCCAUCGACUUCAUCAACCGUCGGGAGAAGCCCCUGGCCCUGUACGCCUUCUCCAACAGCAAACAGGUGGUCAAGCGAGUGCUGGCCCAGACCAGCAGUGGGAGCUUCUGUGGGAACGACGGCUUCAUGCACUUGACCCUCGCCAGCCUGCCUUUUGGAGGAGUGGGUGCCAGCGGGAUGGGCAGCUACCACGGCAAGUUCUCCUUUGACACCUUCUCCCACCACCGCGCCUGCCUGCUGCGCUGCCCCGGGAUGGAGAAGAUCUACUCCAUCCGCUACCCGCCCUACUCACCUCGCAAGCUGAGGGUGCUGCUGAUGGCCAUGGAGGCCCGUGGCUGCAGCUGCACCUUGCUCUGAGCCCGCCUCAGGCACUGGGGUGUCCCUCCAACUCUCAUCUGAGUCCGCUGCCCCUGCCACCUGCAGCUCCUGGAGAUGUGGCCUGGGCUCCACACACAAGGAGGAAAAGACCACAGCCCGGACCGGCCUUGCCCUCCUCCCUCCCGGGGCCUUCUCCUCCAGCCCUCAGCCUCCUCCCUUGGCCGCCCCCCAGCUAGGACGGGCCACGGUGAGGGAGCAUGGGAAACAAGGCAGUAACCUGCCCUCUCCCACCUCCGAUGUAGCCACCUGUGUCCUGGGAGAGGCCGGCAGACAGGGAUGCCUCUGAGUCACCCCCCUUCCUGUGAAGGGUGCAGAAGGGGCCCUGGAGUCUGGUCCAGGCCACACCGCAGACCUGCAGUGGCCCAGGCCCUGGGUAAAAAAUCUUUGCCCUCCCUCCCUGAGUUUGUUUUUCUAUCUGCACAGUGGAGGUGAUGUCUUGGCACCUUUGGAGAUCGUCAUGAGGAUUCGAUUUUGCAGUUUAAAUGAAUUGUUGACCCCAA